AUGUGCCUUGCUUACGUAAACGAUGAUGAUGAGCGUUCUGCUGUGUUUAAUACGGUACUUGCCACCGUAAAAUUGCAGCAUCUGCCACAACUUGCAAUCGGUAUACGCAAGGAGAGGGAUGAUGCACUCACCUCUACCUACGACUGUCGCAUUCUCCCUCAAUCACUCUUCGGGUCUCAUCACAUACUCUUUCAGCUCGAGUUUAACGAUGGAGUUAGCUGGCUUCUCAAAGUCCCAGCCAAUGGCUACCCCAAUUCGUUCGAUGAAAUGUCUGCCCUUUCACUAAGGUCGGAAGCGUUAACAAUGCGUUUACUCAAGCGAGAGACGACAGUUCCCGUUCCAGAAGUUUAUCACUUCGAGGACUCCUGUGAUAAUAAACUUUCCUGUCCAUUUAUCCUUAUGGAAUAUGUCGCUGGGCUCCCUUUAUACGAAGUUUGGUUCAACCAAAGUCUUACCCCGGAUGAUCUCGAGCGACACCGGCUCCAAACCCUUCGCGAUAUUGCACAAGCCAUGACACAACUAAACAAAUAUGUAUUCUCUCAAGGUGGUGCGAUCCAUUUUGACCAGGAUGGCGAGCCGUCACAUGUCAGGUCGUUUAGAAAGUUACAUAUAGGAGCAAUGCUUGACGCUCUUCGCACAAAUGACGAAUACGAUGGUGCUAAUAUCUUCGUAACCGCCGGUCCUUUUACUUGCUCAAAAUCAUAUUUCACAUAUAUGCUUGAGAAACGAAAACCCGCCGCGGACGAAGACGAAUAUAGCCUAGGGCUCUACAAAUUGCUACAGUUGUUCAUUGACUUGGCCCUUGCCGAUACCGAUGCUCAACAACAAGAAAAAGGAUUUGUCCUGUCUCAUCCUGAUUUUGAUAUACAAAAUAUCAUAGUCUCUGAGGAUGGAAGGCUACGUGGGUUGAUUGACUGGGAUGGCGUGGUUACCGUGCCUAGAUGCGUGGGGAAUGAACGAUACCCAAGCUGGUUAACCCGGGACUGGGACCCGAUGAAGUACGCAUACGAUGAAAACGCAACACCGGGGCCAGAUAGCCCUAAUAAUUAUGAAAACUCGCCUACCGAACUCAACCACUACCGAGAAAUAUAUCAAGGGAUCAUGAAGAAUGUUUUGCAAGAUAAACCGGCCAAGCAAAUAACGUCUAGAUCACUGUUAUUGGAAAAUUUAGCUAUUGCUGCUGACAACCCUGUUUCCUUUCACUCUAUCGUUGAGAGAGUUUUUGAGGAAGCUAAGGCGAAGACAGCUAAAGACGACGAUGAUGACGAUACCUUCUAUACCUAUGAAGUGGCUACUGCAUAUGCUACGGGGAAACUAAGUGAAUCUCAUCGGGAGCGGGUCCUUCGAGGAUUUCAAGCUCUCUUAUCAUGA